AUGGAUAUUGAGUUUGAGGAAGGGGUGGAGAUAAAGGUGGCGCUCCGAUAUGAGAAGCUUUAUGGGUACUGCACUGAAUGCUUUUGCUUGACUCAUGAAUAUUCCUGUUGCCCGCGGCUGCAUAAGGAGGAGCUUCCAGGUGCAGGUGUGGGAGGAUCAGAUGGUGAAGGGGCUCAGGCAGUAAGCUAUAAGGCAGUGGUGGCACACGGUAGCGGCAAACUGAGCGGUGAACGUCGAGAGCAAACUCGUUCACAAAACAUCAGAGGUGGUGAUAAGGGCAAAGGUAUUGCGUAUGAGAAGCAUGGGACCUCCAAGCAAGACGGGCCUUUUCAUCCUUAUAAGGGAAAGUUCACUAGAGGCGUUGGUGAUGGGUCCUCACUAAAUGGUAGGGGUUCCGGAUAUGGAGAUAGGAGGCGUGGUAUGCAGUCUCGUGGUGCUCAGCCUAGGGGGAUGGUACAUCGGGGCCAGCAACUUGCUUCUGUUGCGGAAGGAGAACAGCAGCUACCUGAUCCCACAAAACUGAUGUUCGAUGCUUUCAAAGGGGUGGGUAAGUAUUUAAGAGAGGAAGGCCCAAUAGGGGCUGAGGCGGAAGCAAGUGGUGGGAAUAAUAAAGCACGUAAGGCGCUUUUGUUUGAAGAGACUACUGCUGGGCAUGAUCUCGUUUCUACUGGAGAGGGAGUGGAGCAUGCUGGAAAUCUGGUGUUGAAGAUGCAGAGUGAGGAUGAUGAUGCGGUGAAGAAGAAUGAUGACAGGGCCUUGCACACACAGGCGUUGGAUGAGGCUAAUAUGAUGUUAGAGGGCGAGCUUCUCUCUGACUCGGAGCUUCUGUUAGAGGAGGGAGAGGAACUAGAGGACUGGGAGCAUGGCGAGAUCACUGAUGGUAUGGAAGAGGAAGAACAUGUUGGUGAAGGAGUCGAGGAGGGGGAGCAAGCUGUUCUGGAGGCUGAUGCUGGCGAGACUGAUGUGGCUGAUCCAGGAAAGGCUCCUUUGAAGAAAGGUGUUAAGGCGGGGAAUGGGGGAGCUCCAAAGAAGCGGUCAGUGCCAGGUUUCGUCUCUCCACGUAAGAAGCUCCUUGCUAAGGUGGCUAAGGCUGGAGAUAAAGGGGCUAAGGCUGGAGAUAAAGUAGCUAAGAAGGCCUCAAAUAAGCCAUAG